AUGAUCCAGUCUCGCAAAGAUGGAAUCGUAACUCACCCUCCAGACAAGGAUGAGCAGCUAAAGAUGCAUGUGUACAGGAAGACGCUGCAGGCCUUGAUCUACCCCAUCUCCUGCACCACCCCCCAUCAGUUCCAGGUGUGGACGGCCACCGCGCCCACCUACUGCUACGAGUGUGAGGGCCUCCUCUGGGGCCUCGCACGCCAGGGCAUGCGGUGCACCGAGUGUGGGGUCAAAGUUCACGAGAAGUGCCAGGAACUGCUUAAUGCUGACUGCCUUCAAAGAGCGGCAGAGAAGAGCUCCCAGAGUGGUUGUGAGGACCGGACGGAGCACAUCAUCACCGCCAUGAAGGACCGCAUGAAGAUCCGUGAGAGGAACAAGCCAGAGAUCUUCGACGAGAUCCGGAAGGUGUUUGGCGUCAGCAAGCUGGUCCACUCUCAGAACAUGAAGACCACCAAGCAGAUUGUCUUGGAUGGAACGUCCAAGUGGUCGGCCAAGAUCACCGUCAAUGUGGUGAGUGCACAGGGGCUGCAGGCUAAGGACAGGACUGGUUCCAGUGAUCCAUACGUCAGCCUGCAGAUCGGGAAGAACAAGAAGAGGACCAACACUGUCUACACCAAUCUGAACCCUGUCUGGGACCAGGCCUUCAGCUUUGAGUGUCACAACUCCUCAGACCGCAUGAAGCUGCGUGUUUGGGACGAGGACGAUGACAUCAAGUCCCGCAUGAAACAGCGUCUGAAGAGAGAGUCGGACGACUUCCUUGGCCAGACCAUCAUCGAGGUCCGCACGCUCAGCGGGGAGAUGGACAUCUGGUACAACCUGGAGAAGAGGACCGACCGGUCAGCCGUGUCUGGGGCGAUCCGUCUGCAGAUCAGCAUGGAGGUUGAUGGGGAGAAGACAGUGGCUCCGUACCACGAACAGUACACCUGUUUACAUGAGAGCAUUUUCCAGUACUCAACGUACGUGGAGGGCGGCGGCGUGGUGAAGGUCCCGGCCGCCCGCGGGGACGAUGCCUGGAAGGUGUACUUCGACGAGCUGCAGCAGGACAUCGUGGAUGAGUUCGCCAUGCGCUACGGCAUCGAGUCUAUCUACCAGGCCAUGACUCAGUUCUCCUGCCUCUCCUCUAAGUACAUGCUGUCGGGGCUUCCGGCUGUGAUGAGCACCCUGCUGGCCAACAUCAACGCCGUGUUCGCCCACCCCACUGCCUCCACCAACGCCACCGCACAAGACCGCUUCAUCGCCUCCAACUUUGGGAAGGACCGUUUUGUGAAGAUCAUCGACAAGCUCCACAAUUCCCUGCGUAUCGACCUCUCUAUGUACAAAAACAACUUCCCUUCCACCAGUAAGCCCCGCCUCCAGGACCUCAAGUCAACGGUGGACCUUCUGACCAGCAUCACGUUCUUCAGGCUGAAGGUUCUGGAGGUUCCCAGGCCCCCGCGGGCCUCUCAGGUGGUCAGGGACUGUGUGAAGGCCUGCCUCACCUCCACCUACGACUUCAUCUUCAACAACUGUGUGCAGCUUUACAACUCUCAGUUCCAGCCUAUACUCCCACCGGAGAAGGAGGAGAGCCCGCCUGCAGAGAAGGAACCCAGCAUCCAGAGCCUGGACUUCUGGCCCAAACUCAUCACCCUCAUCGUGUCCAUCAUCGAGGAGGACAAGACCUCCUACACACCCAUCAUAAACCAGUUUCCCCAGGAGCUGGAUGUUGGGAAGCUCAGCGCUGAGGUCCUGUGGAGCCUGUUUGCUCAGGAUAUGAAGUCAGCUCUUGAAGACCACGAGCAGCAGCGGAGGUAUAGACCAGCAGACUACAUGAACCUGCUCUUCAAGGUGAAGUGGCUCCACUGCGAGUACGUCCAGGACCUCCCGGCCUUCGUCCUAGCCGUCCCACCAUGGCCUGUGUGGUUCCUACCAUUCGUCCUCGCCUGGUUGGCUGAGAACGAGGAAGUGUCCCUGGAGUUCAUGAGUGCAGCGCUGGAGAGAGACAAGCGAGAAGGGUUCCUGCAGACGUCUGAGCAUGCUCUGUUCUCCUGCUCGGUGGUGGACGUCUUCACUCAACUCAACCAAAGCUUUGAGAUCAUCAAGAAGCUGGAGUGCCCAGACCCCGAUGUGCUCGCACAAUUCAGCACACGCUUUGCAAAGACCAUCAGCAGGGUUCUGCUGCAGUACUGUUCGGUGUUGAGUAAGAGCUUCACCUCCUUCUGUCAGAAGGAGAAGACUCCCUGCAUUCUAAUGAACAAUGUCCAGCAGAUGAGGGUGUUGUUGGAGAGAAUGUUUGAGUCUAUGGGAGCCAAGCAGCUCGACACAGAGGAAGCUACCAUCCUUUAUGAGCUGCAGUUGAAUCUGAGCUCCGUCCUGGAUAAUUUAAGUGUCAUGUUUGGAAUGAGUUUCCUGGCCCGCCUAAAUGGCUGUAUGCGUCAGAUGGCUGAGAUCCUGAGCCAGAUGAAGGGCCAGCCCAACCCCAACACGGCCGAGGCUGAUGCAGACACUAUGCUCAGACCUCUCAUGGAGUUUCUGGACGCAACUCUCAGCAUAUUUGCCGAUGUGUGUGAGAAAGCUGUUCUGAGGAGAAUCUUAAAGGACCUUUGGAAGAUGGUCCUCAGCAGCCUUGAAAAGACCAUAGUCUUACCACAGAGUGACGGCAGUCUGGGAGCCCAGCUCCUCACUGCUGCCAAGGGCCUCUCCAACAUGAAGGGAGGGAGCGAUCCGAAGACCCUGUCAGCCAAACAGUGUAUGAUUCUGGACACUGGACUGGAGGCCAUCAAGCAAUACUUCCACGCUGGGGGGAGCGGCCUGAAGAGGUCGGUGGUGGAGACCAGUCCCGAGGUGGCCUCUCUGCGUUACGCUCUCUCUCUCUACUCUCAGAGCACGGACGCCCUCAUCAAGACCUUCAUCACCACACAGCACGCACAAGUGCAUGAUGGGAUGGGAAUCAGAAUCACUGCUAGUGAGAAGGCCCGCCCAGACCGGGGCUCUGGGGUGGAGAAAGCCAUCGGAGAGGCUGUGGUGCAGAUAGAUAUGGUCCCUGGGAAGGAUCGUAAGGUCAACGUCAAAGUGAUUGCGGUGAAUGACAUGAAGUGGAAGACCUCUGGGAUGUUCCGGCCGUUUGUGGAGCUGAACAUGGCCGGACCCUUCAUAGCGGACAAGAAGAGGAAGUUUGCCACCAAGUCAAAGAACAACAGUUUCACUGCCAACUUCAACGAGGCCUUUCAGUUCCUCCUGGGGAAGGAGUCCCCCGACUGCUACGAGCUGCAGCUGGCGGUGAGGGACUACUGCUUCGGCCGGGCGGACCGCCUGGUCGGCACAGCCGUGGUCCAGCUGCGGGACCUGGCCGGACGCAAGACGGCCGUGUUCUGGUGCCCCCUGGGGCCGCGUAUCCACAUGGACGAGACGGGCCUCACGGUGGUCCGCAUCCUGUCCCAGCGGCCCGCCGAUGACGUGGCCAAGGAGUUUGUUAAGCUCAAGUCUGACACGCGUCCCGUGGAGGAAGGCCGCUGAUUGUGUGUUUAGGAUGAGUGGAAACGCCUCACCGCGGUUCUGGUGGCUGCCUUUGACAGCGGGUGUCUGUCAAAGUAAACUUUAUUGUCAAUUUCAAAAUAUGUGCCAGACAUACAGAGGAAUCGAAAUUGCGUUUAUCUCUGACCCACGGUGCAAUAAGAACAAAAGGAUAAAAUUUGGUAACAUAAGAUAAGUACA